AUGGAUCACGCCGCUGGCUCCCCGCCGACCGCUCGGCAGCGGGACCGAGACGCGCCGUCGCACCAGCGGUCCUACGAGCGGGCCCCCCGGGCGUCGCACCGGGUCGGUUCCAGAGGUCCGGCGGCGGACCCCCGGGCCCCCCGUACCUCCACCUGUACCCCCACCCUGUACCCCCACCAGUUCCCCACCCUGUACCCCACCCUGUACCACCACCCAGUCUCCCCACCCAGUACCCCCACCCUGUACCCCCACCCUGUACCACCACCCAGUUCCCACCCUGUACCCCACCUGUACCCACCCGUACCCACCCUGUACCCCACCCUGUACCACCACAGUCUCCCCACCCGUACCCCCACCCUGUACCACCACAGUCUCCCCACCCUGUACCCCCACCCAGUCUCCCCACCCUGUACCCCCACUGUACCACCACCCAGUACCUCCACCCUGUACCCCCACCCUGUACCCCCACCCAGUCUCCCCACCCUGUACCCCCACCCUCCCCCACCCAGCAGCCCCCACCGAGAGCCCCCACCCAGCAGCCCCCACCCAGCAGCCCCCACCCGAGAGCCCCACCCGAGAGCCCCCACCCAGCAGCCCCCACCCGAGAGCCCCACCCAGCAGCCCCCACCCAGCAGCCCCCACCCAGCAGCCCCCACCCGAGAGCCCCCACCCAGCAACCCCACCCAGCAGCCCCCACCCGAGAGCCCCCACCCAGCAACCCCACCCAGCAGCCCCCACCCAGAAGCCCCCACCCGAGAGCCCCACCCAGCAGCCCCACCCAGCAGCCCCCACCCGAGAGCCCCCACCCAGCAGCCCCCACCCAGCAGCCCCCACCCAGAAGCCCCCUCCCGGGACCAGAGAUCAGGUCCAGAGGUCCGGCUGUGA